UUGUAGAGUAUUUAACGGUCCUUUUCCUUCUCGACCUGAGGUCAGGGUACAACUAUUUAACGCUUCCCGCCCAAAAUUCUGGUCUGAAAUUUACUCCCUUCCGAGUGGUAAAUCACUCUACCAUUUCUAUCUGAACCAACUUAAAUCUGUCCCAGAAGGAACUGUUCACAGCCCCAAAAAUGAAAGGCCAAAGUUCGAUCAGUUCUUUCUUUUCAAAGUCCGCUGAAAAACCCCCUAAACCCAAGCAAAACCCCAAUGCGAAUUUUAAACAACUUUCCUACUUGGAAAUGUUGGAGCGUCGCCAAGAAAAACCAAUUCAAUUUUCUCAACUUCAGCACAAGUUUUCCCUCCCGGGGGCUCCGUCUUCUAGUGUGGAAGGGUUACCGUCCGAUUUACCGGAAGCUCAGGCGAUCAAAACGCCGUUAGGGAAUAGAGAACGGUCUCUUGUUGCAGAAAAUGAAGAUUCCCCUCUUCAUGCCUUGCAGAAAACCCCGUUUAAAACUCCUCCGAACAAAGGAGUAAUUGAAUUCGACAGUGAUAAAUGUUCCGGCGUGCAAAGGAAGCGUGAACUAUAUGCUUAUGAGAAAACAUUUGAAGAUCGGUUAUUGGCUGUGCAAAAUGAUGUAGCAGCAGAUUUUGAUUGGCCAGACACACCUGCUGUGCAACCUUUUGUACCCAGAAAUAAAAGAAUUCUUGAAGACAAUUCGGAAGUUACCAGGUGUCAGGAGCUUUUACCUGCCUCAGAUCCUAACAAAAGAAGAAAACUAAUCGAAGUAUUAGGGGAGGAUGGGCUGGAGCAUGGAGGAGCCUGGGAAAAAUCAAAGUCAAAAUUUGAAUUUCUUGAUCCUUCGGUCAUAAGGGAUGCCAAACUAAGGAGGCCAAGUGAUCCUUUGUAUGAUAAAAGAACUCUGCAUAUUCCCAAAGAUGUUUUAGACAAAAUGUCAGCAUCUCAAAAACAGUACUGGACAACAAAAUGCCAGUACAUGGAUACUAUACUAUUUUUUAAAGUGGGCAAGUUUUAUGAGCUCUAUGAGGUGGAUGCUGAGAUUGGCCAGAAGGAGUUUGAUUGGAAAAUGAUUAUUAGUGGUGUUGGCAAGUGUAGACAGGUUGGUGUCCCCGAAAGUGGAAUUGAAGAGGCUAUUCUGAAGUUGCUUGAACGGGGGUACAAGGUUGGGAGGAUGGAACAACUUGAAACUACAGAGCAGGCAAAGGCAAAGAGGGGUUCCACAGCUACAGUCCAGCGAGAGCUGGUUCAUAUUUCAACACCGUCAACAGCAAUACAUGAAAAUUUAAAGGCUGAAGCAGUUCAUCUCCUUGCCUUGAAAGAGGAAACGUUUGAUAGGGCAAAUGAUUGUUCAGUGGCAUUUGGUUUUGCCUUUGUUGAUGCUGCAGCUUGUCAAUUCUUUGUUGGUUCAAUGUCUGAUGAUUCGUCUCGUUCUGCUUUAGGAGCUUUGCUUAUGCAAGUAUCUCCUCGGGAGCUACUAUAUGAGAUUGGAGGACUCUCCAAAGAGACUCAAAAGGCACUAAAAAAGUACACAAGUUUAGGAUCUGUGGCUUUGGAGUUGACUGCUCUUCAACCAGGCUUGGAUUUCACGGAUUCUUCUGCAGUGUUCAAGUUGAUCCAGUCAAAGGGAUAUUUGAAAGGAUCUGGUACUACAUCAUGGUAUGCUGCAAUAGAAAGCACAACCCAUGAAAAUCUUGUCUCAAGUGCCCUUGGAGGAUUGGUUAUACAUUUGCAUAGGAUGAAGCUGGAUGACGAUCUACUUUGUAAUGGGGCUGUUUGUCCUUAUCAAGUCUAUAAGGGCUCACUUCGGCUUGAUGGUCAAACUCUUUCGAACCUUGAGAUUUUCAAUAAUAAUGCAAAUGGAAGUGAUGAAGGGACACUUUUCAAGUAUCUUGAUCAUUGUACUACUUCUUUUGGGAAACGUCUUCUGAGACGUUGGAUUUGCCAUCCUUUGAGAAAUGUUCAAGAUAUUAAUUAUAGGCUUGAUGCUGUGGAGGAGCUCAUUAGUCGGCCAGAAAUUGCGGUUUGUAUUUCAGAAAGGUUACGAAAAUUACCAGAUCUUGAACGACUUGUUGCCCGUAUUAGGGGAUCAGCAGGCACAUUAUCUGCUGGCCUGGGGCCCUUGGUUGGGCCAAAAAAAAUUAAACAAAGAGUUAAGACACUUGCCGCUGCUGUCAAGGGACUGCGAGAUGGAAUGGACUUGCUAAAGGUCCUUCACAUUGGAGAUCAGGAUGGACCUCCAAAGACACAUUUGCUUUGGGAAACAUCAACCAUGAGAAAUACAAUUCAGCUUAACCAAAUACUUGAUCAGAUUGAAUUGAUAAUAGAAGAGAAACUGCCUUUUGAUGUGAAAUUUCCAAAGCAGGAUAAGGAUCUCGGUGAGGAUGGGGUUGAAAGUUUGAAUUCAAUUGAAAACUUGUUCACUCAAGAGAUAGCACAUUGGUCACGAAUUGUUGAUGCCACAAGCUGUAUUGAUGUGCUGGUAGCCUUUGCUAGAUCAGCAAACUCAUCAAAUGGAACUACAUGCAGACCCGUUCUUGUUUCUGUCCAGGAAAAUGAUAGUAUUUUAGAUGGUGGAAAAAAAGUUUCUAUUCUCAGCAUGAAAGGGUUAUGGCAUCCUUAUGGUAUGGGAGGGCAGGGAAGUCAGCCAGUUCCCAAUGAUAUAGAACUUGGGAAUGAGAGAGCAUAUGGUUGUCCCCGUGCGAUGCUUCUAACGGGACCAAAUAUGGGGGGUAAAUCAACACUCUUGCGUGCUACCUGUCUGGCAGUGAUAAUGGCUCAGCUCGGUUGCUAUGUACCAUGUGAAUCAUGUAUCCUGUCACCAGCAGAUGUUAUUUUUACACGGCUGGGUGCAAGUGACCGCAUAAUGUCAGGAGAAAGCACAUUUCUAGUUGAAUGCAUGGAGGCAGCAUCAGUAUUGCGAUACGCAACACCAUACUCUCUUGUAGUGCUAGAUGAACUUGGUCGAGGAACAUCUACAUUUGAUGGAUAUGCGAUUGCAUAUGCAGUUUUUCGACAUCUGGUUGAAACAAAAGAUUGUAGGUUGCUCUUCGCCACACAUUAUCAUCCUCUAACUAAGGAGUUUGCUUCUCACCCUUGUGUUCGUCUAAUGCACAUGUCAUGUUCAUUUGAGGCAAAAUCCACAUGUGUUGAUUACACAGGGGUGUCGAAUUCGCAGUCUGAGAAAGCAAUCACAACUGACAACAGUCUUAAUUUGGAUUUCUUUGACACCGAGAGGCACCUUGUCUUUUUGUAUAAGCUAAGGUCUGGUGCAUCCCCAGAAAGCUAUGGCCUGCAAGUAGCCUUACUUGCUGGAAUGCCAAGAUCUCUGGUCAAAGCGGCAUUCGAUGCUAGUCAAGUCAUGAAAUCCUGGCUUUCAAGCAGUUUUGAUUCAAGUGAGCAAAGGGCAGAGUUUUCAACUUUACAUGAGCAGUGGUUGAGGACUGUGUUAGCAACUCCAGAUGAUAAAUCUCUCCACAACAACUUGGACUUUACUGCUGAGGAUGCAUAUGAUAAUUUGCUGUGUGUGUGGCAUGAACUUCAGAAUUUCUCACAGCAAAGUGCUAAACCGUAAGAAUACAUCCUGCUGCUUGAGUGGUUGUAAGAUUUUGUCAGGUGCAGUUUCCUCUUAUGGAGAUUUUUUUGAUAUAAGCUAUGCUUUUGGAUCAAGUUUUGACUCUUCGGAUCAGUUUAAACCAGUUGCUCUUAUCAAGCAAAGUUUCUCUUUCCUUAUGUUUUGGGGUUCUUGGCUCUAGAAGUACAGAGGCACAAAAUUGAAUUCCCGGAGAUUAAUUUCGAAAGGAGGGUUUUGUGAAAAUAUUGUGGUGCAUCAUGAACUUUUUUAACUUCAAGAAUUUAUUCCUUGUUUGUUAACUUCAAUGAGUUGACUGUCAGCUUUUGACAGACAACAUUUUGCAUGUGUGCAGUCCAAAAUUUGAGAGAACUGUGAUGUCCUAUUAAUGCAGCGGGGACACAAAGGUGUUCUAAGAAUCAUCCCACAACUUCAGUCUGAAGUUUGGGUGAAAUGUACCAUGGGUGCGCGUCAAAGCAAUUAGAAACUUUUAUUAGUGCAUUUGGCACAAUGGGAAAAUAUGAUUAUUGUCAGAUAUAUUUUCCCAGUUAUGUAUGUACUGUGACAAUAUUUGAUGGUGCUAUAUGAGAAAACCAUUGUAAAACAAUCAUGUCAAUUGUCAGAUCUAGUUUUUGGUACAUGCACAUGAACAAAUUUUAAUAUAGUUGAAAAUGAUAAAAUAAAUAUGAUGAUGAAAUUUCUGAUA